AUGUCGCUUGCCGGUCCAAGCACUCACCACAGCGUCGUACUCGCUCUCGACGACCGCCGCGGGAUCGAGGAGAAUACGCCCAUCCCCUGGGCGACUCACAAUGAAACGCCGGCCGGUGCACGGCCACCAUCAACCGUGGUCUGGCGCUCAUCAUCGUCCCAUCUGAGCUCAUCUAGCUUUACAGAGGUCCCUGCGCGCUCCCGCUCGGCAUCAAUGUUCUCUCUUUCGAUCGGAGUCGGCGGAGCACCUUCACGCAGCCGCGUAUCGAUGGAUGCCAUCCUGCCCCCAUCCGCUCCCACGGAUCACGCAUCAUCACACGACUACUCUCCAGCAUCCAGCACGGACUCGCUCCCCGCCUUUGACGAUGCGCAGGACGAGGUCGACCCCUAUGUCCAGCCCAAGCGACCAACAAGUAUCCCUGCAGUAGCCUUUUCAAAACCGUCAAACGUCGGCACGGUCGGAUUGGGUAUUUCGUCCGUCACAGAUCUCGGCCAGAGGCGGCAAUGGCCACCAGAGGUUAUCGUCAAUCAUCCCCACGACCCAGCAGACGAUGAAUCCGAAGACGACGAAGUGCACGACCAGAAUGAAAUGGAGACUUACAUGGCAUCACAUCGUGCACCCGUGGAUGCUGCGCUGCGAUCCAUGCCUGGUGUCGUUGGUCUUGGUGAUGGUUGGGCCGGUGGUCCUCAACCAAAACCAAAGUCCAAGGGAUGGUUCAAGAAGAAGUCAAAGGAGGAGGUGGUCCCAGCUGAGGCGGACCCUUUAACGCUCUGGGCCACACCAGAGACGCCACAGCAGUCCACAACAACACCCUCCCCACCGGCCGUGGACAACACUGCAAAGUGGUGGAAGUCAAGAAAGAGCUUCUUCUCAUCGACAAACCGGCUAUCUACCCCACCUCAGGAGUUUUCGCCAAAGGACGAUCGGCCACCGGUCAGCGGCAAGUCACGGCGUCUGCUCGGUCGCAGUCGCCUCAACUUUGGCUCCAUGGUCGAUCUCGGACGCUCUCCACAGAGCAAGGACGCCGAGGCCACCCCCAAGACGCCUACAACACCCCGCUUGGGCGGCUUUGGCCAGAAGGCCACCCCGCCCAAGCGUCACAGCAUGGCCGUCUUCGGGCGCUCAAAGCCCGCACCUCACCCGCUCGAGCUCUCGCACAGCUCGCACGCGUCCACCAGCGCGACUCGCUCGCAGCCAGUCAUUUCCGCGACUGCUUCCUCCUCGCAACCCUCCCUCGCGACUCACCACCAUCCCCUUAUCCGCCAGGCCUACGCGCGCUCAGAAAGCAACCUCGCACAGCAGGACGCUGCAGCUGCAGCUGGGUCUCCCGGAGCACCACACCGCCCCGCGCCACUCAUUAUCAACAGUGGCGCUAUUGCCAACUCGUCCGCCGUCUCCCUGUGGAGGCCGGCAAUCAUGUCGCCGACUCCUCUGGUCCAGGUCAAGGAGGAGGAUGAGGAGGAGCCCGAAGAAGUCCCCGAGUCCACUGACAGGCCCGUGCUUAAGCGCAGUGCGACCUUUGGUGAUGACGAGGAGCAGCCCAAGCUCCCCGAGCCUUCGCAGCGCCCACAGCUGUCGCCUGUCAUUGCUUCCCCGCGUGAGAUCCCGCCUUCAGAGUUCAUGUAUGGCUCGCCUACACCUGUCCUGCCGCCACCCCAGCCCCAGCGCAAGUUUUCGGUUGCCAGCUACCAGUCGUCCAACUCGCCAGCUGCCCCUUCGCUGCUCUCUCGUCUCAAGAACGCUCUCGGUCGUGGCGGCAAGGGACGCAAGGGGAGCCGCUUUGACACCCCCUCUUCUCCCAUGAGCUUCCACUCUGAGCAGCCGGCGCCCAUGACGCCCAGCAGUGCUCAAAUCGCCGCCGCGUCGCCAUCGGCCAAGUCGGUCGGUCGAGGCCCCAGGACUCGUAGCCGUCUGUUCAGCCGCAGCCGCAAGGAUACCGACGAGUCGGUCGCCAACGUCGUCAAGCUGGACAACCUCGAGGAGCUGCAGGAGCACCAGGAGAUCCGCGAGCACCAUGACCUGCGCGACUCGCCUCUGAACCGCAGGAGCUACCGUCUCUCGCAGAGAGUCGUGGCCAGCAUGACCAACCUGUCGCCUCAUGACAGCACUCCCGAUAUCCCGGCGCAGCCUUCGUUCUCUCCGGCUGACUCGUCAUCAACGGCGACGGCGACUCUGGCGUCUUCGGUGGCUCCUUCUGGGUCCCCGAAGCAGCCCCGCCAGUCGUGGGCCUCUGGAUUCGGCGGCUCCAAGGUCGACCUGGCCCGCAAGCCGUCGCUCGGCCUGGAGAGCGGAGACUCGGCCCGCCGCAUGCCUGGGCUCCGCCGCUUCAAGUCGCAGAGCAAGAACCGUCCCGCUCUGGGUUCCGUCUUCCCCAAGCCGCCUGCCCACGUUGACCAGGCACCCGCCCUCCACUGGGCGUUCCCCGCUGCGUCGUACUCCACCCCAGUGCUUCACAAGUUUGGCGGAUCGACCCUCAGCCUCGCCCUGGACAUCAGUGCCGAGGGCAUGCCGCACCUGGACGACAUUGCCGAGUCGCCGAGGACUGCUCGCAACAGCAUGAUCAUGUCGGAUGAGAGCGGUGGCACGCGCGAGAGCCACCUGGCCUCGACCAUUGCUCAGCUUACCAGCCGUGCCCGCCUCGACAGCCUUCGUGACAGCGAGCGCGCCGCCGCGUUUCGCAACCAGCCCCGCGCUCAGCGCAACUCGAUCCCCGUCAACAUUGACAACCUGUCCACCGACUCGCUCAUGAUGUCCAACAACAACACGGCGGUCAUCGACUUCCCCCUUCCGCCGUCGAGCUCGUCGGGGGACAUGUCGUCGCCCGACCCCGACCAGGUUGAGCAGCUGUGCACGCCCCGUGACCUCCGCCAGUACCCUACGCUCAACGCCGACUACUACCAGACCAAGCGGGUGCAGAUCACGCGUGAGCUUACGCCCGUCAUGGACAGCGGCGACAGCGACCACUCGACGUCGAGCUCGGGCUCUCGUGCCCUGCGCAAGCAGCCUUCGUGGUCUACUGCAAAGACUUCGGCCGCUGGCACGUCGCUCACGCCGAUUGCCACGCCCACGAGCAUGGCCUCGGACAGCGAGAGCAUCCGCCACCCCGACCACCACCACCAUCAUCAUCACCACCAUCACCACCACCACCACCACCAGGCCCACGAUGGCGUUCGCCGCGAUUCGUUCAACUCGCUGCUGACUACCGAGUCGGUAGCGGCGAGCAGCGAGGAGGGCCGCCAUGGCCACGGUCACUACGACCACCCCAUGAAACGGGCAUCAUCUGUUGUCGUGCCACAGCGCAUUGUGGCAUGA